AUGCUGGACGAAGAAGGGCUCGAGGCGGAUAGCACCGAGGAGAAGCUCAAGGAAGGCGCCGCGGGAUUGAAGGACGGACUGGCACUUGACAAGGCUGAGGUGGUGGCCACCAGCACCAGGGAAGAACUUGGGGAUGUCACAGCAGGGACAGAGGAAGCCCGGGAUGUGGGUGGAAGGCUAGCGGACAACUCGGGUGACGAGGACGGCGCUGCUGGCCCAGGACUGAAAGAACUCGGUGCGGCGCUGCUCGAUGGUGAAACAGACGACGAUGGAGUUGAAGUCGGAACCGAGACCGGGAUAAUAGAAAAUGACACAGGAGAUGAGCUUCCAGGUGAAGGCAAGGGGAUCGCAGAACGCGACGGGAUGACCGCGGAGGACGUGAUCAGAGCAGCCGACGAGGACGGAGAAAGCACAGGAGAAGAGACCACAGGAGAGGAGACCACAGAAGAAGAGACCACAGAAGAAGAGACCACAGAAGAAGAGACCACAGAAGAAGAGACCACAGGCACAGAAAUGAUCGGGGACGCUGGCACGCUGCCCGUGGGUGAGGUUGAAGGUGUUGCACUUGGAGUCUGCACUGGUACGGACGGUGAAGCCACCACUAUGCUGGACAGAAUCGCCGAGGAGGAUGAAGGAAUGGCCUCACUCGAGGGCGACGCCGAGAUCACCGCACUGCUGGAAGGAGUUGGGGUAAAGACCGGCGUCGAGCUGGGCGUGAGAGUGACUGUCGAGCUGACGGUCACAGUCGAGCAGAUCUCCUGCGCAGGACCCAGGAGCUUGGCGUUGUCAAACUCGACAGACGUAUGGUAG